AUGCCUCCCAGAAAGAAAGCCCGCAUCUCCACCUCCACCUCCACCACCACACUAGCCGACGCGCAACCCAAAACCCCCAUCUCCACAACCGCCGCCUCCUCCCCCGGCAAACUCUCUCAGCCCUCCCAAACCACUACAGACGACCUCCUCAAAGACUCAUGGACCGACGACCAAGAAACCAGCCUGUUCAAAUCCAUGAUCCGCUGGAAACCCACCGGCAUGCACAAGCACUUCCGCAUGCUCGCCAUCUCGCUCUCCCUCCGCUCGCACGGCUACUCGAACCCCUCCACCCCGCACACGCGCAUCCCGGGCAUAUGGAUGAAGCUGAGGCAGCUGUAUGAUUUGGACGCGCUGGAUGAGCGGGAGGACGACUUCUAUGGCAUGGAGCACCCGGACCUGAUGGAUGAGGAUGAGGAUGGCAGGGCGGAGGUGGACGGGUUUGGGCUGCCGGAAAGCGAGUUUGGGGAGGAGAUGUGGGCGAGGAGGUUUUUGAACACGGACGAUGAUGAAGAGUUGGGCAGUGGCGGCGGCAGUUCGCCGAUCCUGGAGGAUUGGUAUGGGAGGGGAGAUCCAGGCCCGGCGAAGGGGCUGAGCACGGCUGCGAGCGGGGAAGAGGAGGAGGAAGCGCCUGCCAAAGUUUCGCCUGCGACCACCAAGAAAGGUGCGGCGCGGGGAGGAAGGGCCGCUGCUGUCGCCGUAGGAGCAAGAGGUGCUAGGCCAGGGAGCGCUGCUAAGGUACAGGCUGCCAAAGUGGAAAGUCUGGCCGAAGAGUCUGGCGAGGAAGAUAGCGAGCGUGACGAGGAAUCGGAGGAGGAGGAGGAAAGCACGCAAACAGACAAGAAGACUGCAGUCAGGGGAAGGGGCAGAGGUAGGGGUCGUGCUGGUAGAAGGCCAGGCCGAAGGAGGUAG